AUGGAGAUAAUACAAGAGGAAGGGGAAUGGACAAAGGUGUUCAACUCUUCAAAUCCCCUUAUUGAUUACUUCAUCAUGAGUGGGUCUAAUGUGGAACAAAUUUAUGAUACUAUCAAGCUCCUUAAAGAAGAUUGAGAAAAAAUUGUACCUUCAAAUGUUCUACCAGAAAUUACUCCUGAUAUUAUUUGACGAGUACCUGAAGUUGACAGACCUGAAUAUCAAUUCCCUAUCUCUAUUAAUGAUUUGGCCUUUAUUAAUGGAUACAAAUUGGCUACCAAUUUUAAGGAUCCUAAGUUUAUACCUCUCGUACUGACAGGAGACAAAGGAACCAAAUAAGUUUGUUCAAGUAAUGAUCUUCUGGGAAAACUUAGCAAGCUAUCUUAAUAUAAAUAUACCCAAAGACAUCUCAACUACCCCCUCCUAUUCUGCAUCCCUAAACAAAUACAAUCCCACCAACCCCAAUCCAGCUCCCUAUCCAGAAUUUCAACCUAGCACAUAUUUAGAAAUAGUUGACUCUAAAAAGUCCAUUCACAAACGAGAUUACUCAUGCAACGUAGUCGAGAAGAGGCCUAGCCUGACUGAAGAGACAGACCAGGAUAACUUAGAUGCUCUUAACAGCUCAAUGAUACAGAUCAUUACUGAUUAUAUAUAGACCAGAGAGAUUACGAAAAUUCAGAAAAGACAAAGGUCUUUGAUGGAAAAGAGUACUUUAUUCCAAAAGCGAUGAUGCUGAUCAGCAGUUUACCUAUUUUUGAUGUGAUGCAAGAGAUGCUUCUAACACUGUAUAAGCAAGCAAUAUAUAGGAUAAAUUAUCCCAUUGAUGCGUAUAUUUAUUAUCUCACCUAUGAAGUGCCAUUGGCAUGUUUUGGGACUAAUGUAAAGAUCUCAUUACCAAAUUUGAAGGAGAAAACGAUUACUGAUUCAAAUUAUAACAUUGAAUAUCUUUGCAAGUAUUUUUCGAAUCCUUAUCUUUCCUUUAAAAAUUUAUAUAAAGUACUAUACUGGUUUAUGUGCCAGGCAGGUAAUACACUGUUGGUUUCAAAUGAUGCUUCAAAACUUGUAGUAGUAAGUGAAGUGCUAAGAGCAAUAAUCUACCCGUUUACUUAUGAUGACCCUUAUGUCCCCUUACUUGCUCCGAAUAUGAUAAAGAGUAUUGAAGCUCCCUUCCCGUGACAUUUGGGGUUACUAGAUAACAAAUCUGAAUUUGAGGUUGAAUCGAUAAUUUCUUCCUGCAGUGACAACACAAUGGUGAUUCUUCUCGACUCAGAUGAGCUAGCUAUAAGAUUUAAUGGCGAGAAUAUGACCAUGCAGGAGUAUUACACACAAGAAGAAAUCAUUGAUUUCAAGAAGAGGUCCACCAAAUUCAAGAGACUUCCAGACACAAACCUAAAUAAACUAACCAUAGAGUUGGAGAAAUGAAUUUCUAAGUUUGACAGUAAUCAAGAGAAUUCUCCAAUGAGCAAGACAGAUUUUGUUAAUGAUAUUAGAGGUUAUUUCUUGCAGUACUUCGCUGAUCUGUUUAAAAAUUACCUCAAAUAUUUCACUAGGCCAAAAUAAUCUGGAAACAUGGGAUCUAAAAGAUGUUUUUAACCAAGAUUUGUUCCUCAAGAAUGACAAUUCAGAAACAGAUUUCUUUAAAGACUUCUUUGCUACCAGAACAUGGGUGGUGUUUUUAGAAACAAAGAUUAUUCCAGAUACUGUAGAGCAAGUCCAGAUCCAUAAGCACUUUGAUCAGUGUAUUAAAAACUUAUCGAAGUUGCCACUAUUCUUUGCAACCAAUGUGUUUAAGGGAAUUGAAAAAUCAAAAGAAAUCUUUACUUAUUCCUUUCACCCUGAGAAGUUCAACGGCGGAUGAUUUUCAAUGAAAAAUGAUUACAUUAACUGUAUGGAUAUUAAUGACCUUAAGAUUGAUCAAUUCAUACAAACAAUUGAGAUUCAGGACCGAGGUCAGUCAGAGAGUGAAAUGAGACAUACAAGCUUCUCAAAAAGGAAUCACUAUAUCAGAUAUGUAGUUUUCCCAGCUAUUUGAGAGAGUUUGAUUCCAUGCUCUUCAAAUUUCGCUGAGGAUAGAUUUGCACCAGAUUUAUCAAAGACCUAUUCCUUGAAGAAUAAUUUUCAUGAUCUUGACAAACAUUUGAGCCAAAGAAAAGGAUGCACAAGUCUAAUUCAGGUGCGGACUAAAGGCCAGAUCCAGAACAUCUACAUAAUAUGGAUAAUGAUGUGGAUCCUCAACUUUGAAUAUCUCCAAGCUGAUGAGAAAUAAGUUCAGGAUGGAGCAGAUUUGAGGAAUCAUCUACAAAAUGCUAAAAAUAGCCGAUAUCCAAAGUAAGAAUCUGAUCCUCGAAGACCUAUUUGAAACCAUCCUUGAACACGGUAGGUUCGAUAUGAUAGAAGAACUUUAUGAGUUUAUGAGGUUGCUGAAUAUUAAAGGUAAUGCUAAGCUCGACCACAUCUUCUUCAAUGCUAUCCGUAAGCAUAAUGAAAUACUUGAUUUGAAAAAGCAAGAGAAAACUAUCCGUGAAGACUUAUUUGAGGAUAUUAAAAUAAAUAUUCAGUCUCCUUCUCGAACAAGGACUUCGGUGAUUGAGCACCAUGAUUCUGAAUUUUUGGAUUCUAAAACUCAAAGAAUGACAGAAUUUGGUUUGAAGCCUCCUUCUAUUAAAAAGAAGAUGCUCUCUUUCUCACCAGUGGUCAGUCACGAGAUUGGGAAGAAGGAAAGGAAAAAGAGACUAGUCCAAUACACUUCCUCUGUUGAUUUAAAGUCUGAAUAUUAUCAGGAGAAGAAGGAGACUUUCCAGAAGAGAACUUUUAAAAGAGAGAAAGACAUGCACAAUUUCCUUGUCCCUGAUACACUUUUCUUGCACAUUGAAGCAAUCUGUGAUAACUGCGACUGCAAGAUCAAAUAUAAGGGUAUUAUUAAAGGGAUGAAGAACAUAGGAUUUGAGUGAAUAUCCUGAAAACAGGACAUUCUCCCAGAGAUUAUAGCAACUAUUGGAGGCCCAUCUCUUAUCACUCCGGUUGGUAUCGGUAGUAUAGAGCAAGAAGAGCAGCUACUUAUAUCAGAAAAGGAAUUACGGAUCUUGGUCAAUAGGCUUUAUGAAAGUGUACAGAUACAGAAGAAAGAGAAAAUGUUUGACCUCAUUAUAUUCAGGCAGCUCAAAGGGCAGCUUUUCUGGAACUGAAUAUUCUAUUUCAUGCAUUAUGGCUUACCUUAUGAUUGCUUGUUGCCAUAUAGUCAAAGUCAUAUAUCAUUUUCAGACUUUGAUGGUCCUAAAAUUACAGCUGAAUAUUAAAUGAUAUAAUUCUUUAGAAAAAUUAGAGCUA